AAAAGAUUUUGAUCACAUGGCCACGAAGUCAUUCUGAAAGUAUGCUGGCAGGGUAUUGCCCAUAGAAAUAUAAAACGUCCUUCAUAGUGAGUGGCCGUGUCCAUGCAACGAGCAUCACUUUCAGAGCUUUGAGUCAAUCACCAGUGUCGGGCUGGUGGAUACAAAACAGAAGACGAGCGGGUGACGAAAGCAAACAUGUUUAAUCAAAGUGUGGACUUGGUGUUGAGCACCACAUCUCCAUUUUCCAACAAUUCCACCAUCGUGGACAACACCACCUCCAUCAUAGACACCUCCAUUUCAGCAGCCGACCCUUCCUCUAACUUAGACGAAAUUGCAGCCAAUGACAUAACCUCCAGGGCAAACUAUGUCUACAGUUUCUUGGCGGGGCUGGGCUUCAUCGCAGGCUGCUUCCUGCUCUACAGCUUCAUCCAGACCUACAGAGCCCAGAGACGGCUGGCCUGGCUCAACUGCCUGCUCUGGGGCUUUUGUGGCAUCCAGCUGCUGCUUCUGUUUCUCUCUCUCCACGCUGUGGCCUACAGACCAAAAUACCUGCAUACCACAGGUUUGGGCUGUGCUGCUCUCUCCUUUACCAUCAACACAGCCUCUCUGAGUGGCCUGCUGCUCUUAGUGCUCAUGGCUUAUGUCCUAACCCUGGAUCCUCCAUCCCACGCCCUGCUGAGGAAGCCUUGGGUCUGUGCAGCUCUGGUGAUCCUGACUUCUAUCCUGAUUUCUCUACUGCUGGCUGGGCUUGGUGGACCCAGAGAUGAUCCGAAUAAAAACGUCACGUGUUUUAUGGAUCCAGUCAGUGCCGGUGAGUCGUAUGCAGAAGCUAGGUUGUGCCUGGCUUUUUUGAUUCCCUACAUCCUUCAACUGGGAUUUCUAAUAGGUGGCUGCGUCCGGCAGUGGAAAUCAAAAGGGCGUUUCCUCUCCGGCUCUGAGGAGGGUCCUGUGUUCCUGACCGUCACCGUGGUCAUGUUUUUCUGCCAGCUCUUCUACAGUGUGGCGCUGGUGAGAGGAGCACAACUACAACAAGAGAAGAAGGGGCUGAGCCAUCAUGAGUGGGCGUUUCUGAGCGUGGCUGAGUUUGUACUGUUCUCAGGGAGCAGUGUCAGCCUCCUGCUAGUGCUGCUCAUGCACAGGCCGUGUCGAGAGAGUCUCCAUGGAGUGUUUAGGCAGCUGAGGGACAUCUGUCGAAGCCCAGGACGCACACAGCCCAACAGAAACAUUAUUGCUCCCCACAUCGAGAUCACAGACACCCUGCAGGACAUAGAGUCAUAGGACAAAAACUCAUCUAAAACAGAACUCUUCCAAUGCAUCGAAAUAAAGACUUUUGCGAUCUGAUGUAUUGGACAUAUUCUUAAUCUGACUUUUAAAAUGCUUUCAGUGUUUAUUUUUCUCGUAAGUGACUAUUUAACUGUUUUACAUGCAUGUUUUCUCAAAAGUUUGCAAAACUAUUUUUCAAAUAAAUUUUUUUUGUACAUUUCUAUUUUACAAAAAAUAAAUGUUUUGCUGUACAUCUCCAGAAUUGUACAACAUGUACAGUCCAUACAGUCACUGUUGCAAUAUGUUAACACAGUUGUUAUAAAUCAACACUAUGCAUAGGACCAUUAAAAAAAGACUUACUGUUA